CGGUUUGGUUUACCUUUCUUGCGAGGGGAAAAGGGACAGCGAGCAUCGGCGUCCACGGGAUAAGGUUGAGGGUUGUUUCCUAGGGUUUCUUCGUCGACGGAGACUCUCUCUGCUCUUUCUCCAUCUUCGUCUGCAUCUGGAUCUCCUUGGAAUCAUGUCUAGGAAGCGGAAAACGGAGGCGACGCGGCUCGACGAGGUGGAUCGGACGAUGUAUUCCACCUUCUGCAGCGCUGCCAACUCGCUCUCGCAACUCUAUACGCAAGCCAUGAAUCAACAGAAGGUCUCCUUCCAGGCCGGCGAGCGCCACGCUCUGGAAAAGCUUUAUCAGUGGAUGAUGAGGAAGCAAGAGGAAGAGUCAAGGAUUACCGUAGCUGAUAUUGUUGCCCAUAUUCAGAAUGAGAUGGAUUAUGCUGUAGAUGACGCAAUCGGUUCCAGGUCAUCCCAAACAACAAUGCAGAUGACAAACUCAGGCAUCCACCAUCUGUCCGCUUUGUUUGGUCCGCCAACUGCAGGACUUGCCCUUCGAAGUGCUCCUUCUGAUUUCUCAAAUGCUCUUUCCAGUCCUGUACGCAGAAGCCUUCAGCCAUUUCACCCUGAUCAUGGAGGAGGAUUCUAUACCAAUGGUGGUGGCCUAACAACCGCAAAUACUGAAUCGAGAAACCAUGACCCUUGUCAAAAUCGUGAAGCUAAUUCUCUCGAUUCAAACUAUUCAUCCAUGGAUAUUCACACAGAUAGUCCACCUCGGGGAUCUUACUGAGGGAUGAAUGGUUUGAUCAUAACUAAUGCAACCUUGGGCCCCCUGUUCUUCAAUUUGAACCGAGGAUAUGGUUAAGGAUAGAAAUAUAUAUACCUAGCAAACUCUGAUUAUUCUUUCUUAGCAAUGCAUGUGUCAUACAAUGCUAAUCAUAUGUAAUGAGAGUACUUAUAUCUUAUUUUAUUUAGGGUAGUUUAGCUAUUUGAAUGGUUUGUGAGUACAUGUUAUAUAUGGAAUUAUUUAUAUUUGGUGAUUUUUAUAUGGAUCGUAGUUCA